AUGAUCCAAUCCUCCCUCCUCGGCGGCUUCAUCGCCGCUGCCGCCGUCCAGGCCGCGCAGCCCGGCGCUGUGAAGCCGGUUGCCGCGCCCAUGCGAGACCUGACCUGGGGGCAGAUCAACUUUCUGCAUACAACAGACACGCAUUCCUGGCUCAGCGGGCACUUUCUAGAACCCUCCUUCUCCGCUGAUUGGGGCGACUACGUCUCCUUCUCUCAGCACAUGCGCAAGCUGGCCGACGACAAAGGCGCCGACCUACUCCUCAUCGACACCGGCGACCGAAUCGAAGGCAGCGGCAUCUACGAUAGCUCCACCCCAAAAGGCCUCUAUCAAUACGACAUAUUCGCCCAGCAGAAGAUUGAUAUCCUCAGCACUGGCAACCAUGAGCUGUAUAAGGCCUAUUCCAUUGAUAUGGAGCACAACACCACCGUGCCCAACUUCAAGGACAACUAUGUCGCGUCGAAUCUAGACUACAUCGAUCCUAAGAGUGGCAAGCAAGUCCCUCAGGCCCAGCGGUAUCGCAAGUUCAAGACCAAGAACCUCGGCCUCAACAUUGUGUCUUUUGGCUUCAUAUUUGACUUUGACCUUAAUGCCAACAACAGCGUUAUCCAAAAGGUGGCUGACACCGUCAAGGAAGAUUGGUUCCAGGACGCCAUAAAGGAAAAGCCCGACCUCUUUGUGGUCAUUGGCCAUGUCGGUGUGCGGAUGGAAGAAUUCAAAACCAUCUUCACAGCUAUCCGCAAGGAGGACUGGGAUACGCCCAUUGCCUUCUUUGGCGGCCACUUGCAUAUACGAGACGCCGUGAGCUAUGACUCCAAAUCGCUUGCCCUGGCGUCUGGUCGCUACCUCGAAACCAUUGGCUGGAUGUCCAUUGAUGGACUCACCAAGAAGCAUCCUAAAGACGGUGACAAAGCCGAUGACAAGACUGGCGAAGUGGAGGUUAACAAGGGGUUGUCUUUCACUCGCAAGUACCUUGAUAACAAUCUUUUUGGAAUGUACUAUCACACUGGCUUGAAUGAGACAACCUUUCCCACCAAAGAGGGCCAAAAAGUCAGCAAGAUGAUUGAAGACGCCCGCAAGAGUCUGAACCUCGGCCAUCGAUAUGGCUGCGCACCCCGAGACUUGUGGAUGACCAGGGCUCCAUAUCCUAGCAAGGACAGCAUCUACAGCUGGCUCGAGGAACAAGUGCUCCCUGGCAUCGUCGCCAACAAAGACAGGAAGGAUAAGCCUCGGCUGGCUAUUGUCAAUACGGGUGGUGUCCGCUUCGACAUUUUCAAGGGUCCGUUUACGCGUGAUGAUACCUUCACCGUGAUCCCUUUCAACAGUGGCUUCCAGUUUGUCCCCGAUGUACCCUAUGACAUCGCCAAAAAGGUCAUUGGGAUUCUCAACAGCGAAACAAGGAUAUUCGUUGACGGCUUGCCGAACACGAGACAGUUGACCAUUCCACAGCUGAUGUACCCCCGUCCCACUUUUGAUGGCGUAGACGAGACCGAGACCGUCGAUCAAGUUGAUCAAGAUGCGGAUGAAGCAGAAGCCCGCCUUGAGCUCCGCGGGGUCGAUGCCUCGGGUGGAGGUGACGAUCUCUUUGGCGGCUACACGACCAAGGACGACAUCGGCAAGGACGGCGAUGACACCGUCCACAAGCCAAUUGACUUUUAUGCCGUGCCUAACUGCAUCCAGGCACAGAUUGGCUUCUCGGCCGAGGAAGAGCCCAAGACGGUCGACUUUGUCUUCCUCGACUUCCUGCAGCCAUGGAUCAUCCCUGCUCUCAAGUUUAGCGGCGGCGACUACAACGCUAAUGAUAUAAAGCCGUAUAUGGAGGGGACCCUGACAUCCAAAUUGGCCGAGUGGAUAGGCGACAACUGGAAGGAGGAAUGCUAA